UUACCAGAAGCCUUAGCAGAAUGUUCAGAUGACACUGGAUCUCCAGUGUUUGGUCGUAUUUACAAGCUAGAGCGGGAAUUAACCCUCAGUGACAUUCUAGGAAAUAUCUCCAGCAGUCCAGGUGAUUUACUAAAGUUAGCCUUCAGUACUCAGAUCCUGACCUCCCAACCAGAGCAGCUGUCAGCUGACAACAUCACCACAGCAGCUCAGAUAGCUAACACACUGCUUCAGUCUGCAAAUAUCACAGAGGACAUCGCAGUGGCAGCUGUAACUACCAUCAGUCAGCUGCUGAAUGCCAAUGAGGAGAGUACACAGGAGAGAGACGCUGUCCAAAAGUACAGGAGGUGUGUGUGUGUGUGUGUGUGUGAGCGUGCAUGUGUGGUGGUCCUCACAGAGACCCUGGAGAUGUUUUCCCUGGACCAGCACAAUAAUGUGUCCUUGGUGGUUCAGCCCAACCUGGUAGUCCAGUCGGUCCAAGUACCAAGUGACUCAGUAGGGAUCCAGUUUACUGCUCUGACUGGAAGAUCUGGUAAUUUUGUGGCCAAAAGAAUUCAUCUCAACACCAACACCUCUGAACUGAUAGCUGACAAAGGAGGUGUUACCAAUGUCCAGAUUGUUAUCAAAUUCCCACCAGUUUUGCAUAGUAAAAACACAAACCACUCCAUUGGUUUUGUGCUCUACCAAAACGACCGGUUCUUCAGGUCUAGGGCUUUCACUGCUUCUUCAGGGACCAGCAGAAGUGUCAUCUCUGCUAACCUGGGACAAGUGUCUGGGUUACAUGUUGAGAUGCUCUUCAAGCCCACAGCUGUCCACAACGCCUCCCUCUAUGACUUUGCCUGCGUGUCAUGGAACUACACGUUGAAAGACUGGAGCACCUAUGGCUGCUCCAAAGUCAACCACUCAGAAGACGGCCUGCAAUGUUUCUGUAAUCACACCACUAACUUCGCUGUGCUGAUGUCGUACAGGAAGGAUUUUAUAUACGCUGAAGCGCUAAACUGGAUCACCAUAUUGGGAUGCUCCAUGUCCAUCAUAGGGUUGAGUUUAACAAUAACAUUCCAGAUCGUGACCAGGAAAUCACGCAAAUCCAACCCAACGGUCCUCUUAGUGAGCGUCUGCGUGUGUCUCCUGAUCUUCACCCUCCUCUUCAUGUUGGGAGUGGACAACCCUCAUAAACAGCUGGACAGACCUGAAAUACAGAAGGACAACAUUCUCCCCCCGUCCGACACACAAACAGAGCGGGACAGAGGGCCCUGUACUGUAGUGGCGGUCCUGCUGCAGUACUUCCUGUUGGGGACGUUCACCUGGAACACGCUGUAUGCCACACAUGUCUUCCUGGUGAUCAGAAACAGCCUGGCCACCAGCCCGUCAGACUUCACAGCCUAUACCGUGGCCAUCGGAUGGGGACUGCCUGCGGUUGUGGUGGCUCUCACCUUAGGAAUUAGUUACAGAGUGGAUGAUCCACUGGGUUACAGGCAGGAGGAAUUUUGCUGGCUUGCUGCCCUCGAUCCAAAGGGGAACUUUGACUUCAAGCUGCCAAUGUUUUGGGGGUUUCUGAUCCCUGUGGCGUUCAUGCUUAUCUUCAACACGGUGAUGUUGAUAUAUUUUGCAGUUACAACAGGCAAGACCAACCCACAUUUAACCAGUACAAGACACACAUCGAUGAAGAAGAAGUUCCUCAGUAGCUUCUCUCUGGCUGUGGUGCUCGGUCUCUCCUGGAUCCUGGGCUAUCUGUUGCUCAUUACACAGAACGAGACCAUGUACACCAUACUCAACAUCUCCUUCUGUGUACUCACCACCACUCAGGGCUUCCAGAUUUUCAUUCUGUUCACAGCAAGAACAGCAAUUGUCAAGAAAAAGAUGUCAAGUGCUUUGAAAUCUAUCUCUAGUUUUGGAAUCCUGCAUCCCACUAGGAAGUUCAGUCUAUGGCGAGGAAAGCACAGUGAUAAAGUAGAAUCAUACACACAGCAGGACACUGUGUCAUUUCCACCUUGUUCCACAGACAUCUAACUGAUGGGCUGCAGUUUCAACCUGUUGUAAAAUGUUUUGUAUACCUCCACUAUUGUCAUAUAAUAUACAGUAUAAUACACACCAUUUUGUAUCAAUGUAUUGUUACUGUGAAUUCCCUCAGAAGUUGUUGUCCAAGGAUUUUUUGGCUAUGCGCAUUUUUGUAAAUACU